UCUUGUAUCGUUUAGAUAAAUCCGCCUUUCCUCCCAGUUCUGUUGAACCGCGUCUCGUGGAGCAUCGGGAAGGUCAGGAGUCGAGACACUAGCCAUGGCAAAGGCCAAGGCGGCUGCUCCGCCAGCCAAGAAGCCCAUCGGCAAACUAGCGGCGGCCUCAAACGGCGUGGCGAACAAAAAGGCUCCUGCUCCUGCUGGCAAGGGCGCAAAGGUCCAGCCGGCGAAGGGCCAGCCUAUGAAGGGCGACAAGGGCUAUAGCGACCACAACGCCAAGUGGCUAAAGCUGAAGCGCAAGCAGCCGGAGCCGGAGGAGGAGGACGAGGAGGAGGAGGGCGAGGAUGAUGAGGAGGACGGCCUGGGCUCUGAUGACCUCGGAAUUAUGGGCGAUGAGUUCAGCGGCGAGGGGGAGGGCGACGAGGAUGAGGAUGCCGGCGAGGAUGAGGACGAUGAGGACGAUGAGGACGAUGAGGGCGCGGAGCUGCUGCAGGGCAAGGACUUUGUGGAUGAUGGCGACGACAGCGAUGACGAUGGUGAGGGUGGCGAGGGCGAGGACGACGAGGAUGAGGACGGCGAGGGCCUGAACACGGAGGAGAUGGAGGCGAUGAUGGCGGCGGGCGGCGAGGGCGAGGGCGAGGAGGAGGAGGAGGGAGAGGAGGGAGAGGAGGAGGACAGCGAUGACGACGAUGACAACGACCCGUAUACGGAGGCGGAGCAGCAGGCGGCGGCGCUGGACAAGUUCCGGCGGCAGCAGGCGGCGCUGGCCAAGCGCGAGGCCGCCAGUAUGGCGGAGGGCGGCGACGGCGAGCUGGACCUGCACCUGGACGAGGGCGCGGUGUUCACGCUGCCCUCGGGUCAGCAGGUGGAGGCGGAGAAGGCGGCGCCGCCCGACCUGGCGGUGGUGGCGCGGCGCAUGAAGGCCACGGUGGCCGUGCUGGAGAAGUUUGGCGAGCGGCGCGAGGCGGGCCGCAGCCGCACCGAGUACCUGGCGCAGCUGAAGCGCGACCUGGCCACCUACUACGGCUACAACGAGUUCAUGAUCGACAUGUACCUCAACAUGUUCAGCGUGGCUGAGGCCUUGGAGCUGAUGGAAGCGAACGAGGUGCCGCGGCCCGUGACGCUGCGCACCAACACGCUCAAGACGCGGCGGCGCGAGCUGGCGGCGGCGCUCAUCCAGCGCGGAGUCAGCCUGGACCCCAUUGGGCCCUGGAGCAAGGUGGGGCUGGUGGUGUACGAGACCAAGGUGCCCAUCGGCGCCACGCCCGAGUACAUGGCGGGACACUACAUGCUGCAGGGCGCCUCCUCCUUCAUGCCCGUGAUGGCUCUGGCCCCCCAGCCCGAGGAGACGGUGGUGGACAUGGCUGCAGCGCCCGGUGGCAAGACCACCUACAUCGCUGCGCUCAUGCGCAACACAGGCACCGUGUUCGCAAACGAGAUCAACAAGGACCGGCUCAAGUCCAUCACCGGCAACCUGACGCGGCUGGGCGUCACCAACACCGUGGUGUGCAACUACGACGGCAAGGAGCUGCCGCAGGUGCUGGGGCAGCGCAGCGUGGACCGCGUGCUGCUGGACGCGCCCUGCUCCGGCACCGGCGUGGUGUCCAAGGACCCCUCCGUCAAGACCUCCAAGUCGCAGCAGGACAUCUGGCGCUGCGGCCACCUGCAGAAGCAGCUGCUGCUGGCGGCCAUUGACCUGGUGGACGCCAACAGCACCACCGGCGGCUACGUGGUCUACUCCACCUGCUCCGUGUGCGUGGAGGAGGACGAGGCGGUGGUCAACUACGCGCUGCGCAAGCGCAACGUCAAGGUGGUGCCCACCGGCCUGGAGUUCGGGCGCGAGGGCUUCAUCCGCUACCGCGACUUCCGCUUCCACCCCUCGCUCAAGCACGCGCGCCGCUUCUACCCGCACGCGCACAACCUAGACGGCUUCUUCGUGUGCAAGCUGAAGAAGCUGUCCAACGACAUCAAGAAGGACAAGGACGAGGAGGACGAGGAGGAUGAGGACGCGGAGGCCGGCGGCUCGGGCAGCGGCGACGAGGAGGGCGGCCAGGCGGCCAAGGCCGGCGGCGGCAAGAAGGCCCCGUCCGGGCCCAAGCCCGUUGUCAUCCCCGUCAGCAAGCCCAAGUCGCACCCCAAGGGCGCGGCGCGCGUGCCGGCCAAGAAGGUCGAAGAGCUGGACCAGGCGGAGGCGGAGGACAUGGAGGCGGAGAUGGCGCAGCUCAAGGCGGCCAUGCAGAAGAAGGGCGCGGCGGCGGCGGGGGCGGGGGCAGCGGCCGGCAAAGGCGGGAAGAAGGGCGCCAAGGGCAAGAAGGAGGAGGAAGAGAAGGAGGACGGCGGCCGCGCGGCGGCGGGCAAGGGCGCCGGGACGAGUGGGCGGGGCGCGGCGGCUGCGGCGCCGGCGGCGGGCGCGGACGCAGCGGAGGCGGGCGAGGGCAGCGCGAAGAAGAAGGACAGCAAGCUGUACCGCCAAGCCAUGAAGGAGCUUGAAGAGGAGCGGGCGGCCAAGCAGGCAGGGAAGGGGAAGCAGGGCGCAGGUGCGGCGGCGGUGGCGGUAGGGCCAUCCAGCAGCAAACCCGCCGCUGGCGGGCAAACGGAGGCGGGUGGAAAGAAGGCGGCGGGCGGGGGUAAGGCCGUGGCGGCGGCGGGCGCAGCAGCAGCAGCGGCGCCAACGACGAAUGGUGCGGCGGCGGCAGGCAAGGGCAAGGGCAAGGCGGCGGAUGGCGGUGCGGCCGGGAAAGGGAAAGCCGCGGCGGCGCCCGCCGCCAAGCCGGCGCCCGCGGCAAAGAAGCAGAAGAAGUGAUUCGGGCGGGGCUGACACAAACUUGCUUGUGCCGAUGGAUGUGAGUUUUGCCGUUGAUUGCGGGAGCGUUUUGGGGCGCAGAAUGUUUUAGCGCCCUCAUGUUUGUCUUCGGUCGGAUAUCUUGUCUCCGGUACUCGGUGGUUUCAGGAGGCGAACAGAUGGGGCCGGCCGGCCGGGAAAAGUCUAGGAUGUAGGAGGUGGUCUGUUCACGCGCUUGGGUACGAUAGCUCCGGACUGAAGCUCGAUCUGUAUGAUUCGGGUCGCUUCAUUUUGCUUGCAAGGCUGCGGGCGUGCUCAAGGGCGCUGCGCACAGGCAACGGGAUGGCGAGGGAUGCACGGUAGUGGCAGGUGAUCGUGCGUUGCAUCCAUGCGUCAAGCCCUGGACUGUAGCGGUCGAGGAUUGCGCGUGCGUACGCGGGACACGAGCACGUGUGCGAUCCAACCUGUUUACACUGGUUUACAGCACCCGGGAUGCGGCUCUGUUACGCACACGGCCGUUGCCCUGAAGGUGGUACUGAUGAGCACCACCCACUUAUGAUUGGUAACUAUUGCCUGACGCACGGCGCAACAGCAGCGAUCUGCCGCUUCAACAGCACUCGCCGCAAGCCUGGGAACGUGCCCGAAAGGACCCUACCGUGGC